AUGCACCAGCUAUCCAGUUUAUCUGGGUCCGGAAUUAAACAUGAUGAACGACCUGACCCCGAGCUAGGCAGGAGGAGACGAGCACCUUGGGGAGCGUAUAAGAGCAUCGAGGAUGUAGUGAAGAAGACCAAGAACACCCGGCUCCGUGCUCACCUCUUCAACACCAUAGUACUUCCUGCUUUGACCUAUGCUUCGGAAACGUGGGGAUUUCGCAAGGAAGAAAACGAGGUGAGCAUCACUGAACGCGCAAUUGAGAGAGUGAUGGUAGGAGUAUCCCGCUUCACGCAAGUGAGGGACGGGAUUCGAAGUUCUCUCCUACGUCAGCGAUCGAAGAUUAGAGACGCCGCCGCGUUUGCUAAGGAAAGUAAAACAAGGUGGGCCGGACACGUGAUGCACUUCAACGACAACCGUUGGUUCACAGAGGUGAGCGACUGGGUUCCCCGUUAUGUUAAGCGCACUACAGGAAGACCGCCGACACGAUGGUCAGAUUUCUUCACGAAGUCCUUCAAAAAAAUUAUGAUGCUCUUCGUGUCCCACGCGAAAGGAGGAACCACUGGGCUACUCUGGCACGCGACAAAUCGAAGAAUUACUGGCGCCCGCUCGACCAGUUCGAGGAUCAACCGGAGUCAGGGUGAUCAAGGUAAUUAUAAAACUCAGAUAAGCAGUAACGUUCGAAAGGACUGUCUGUUUUAG